AUGAUGAACUCUACACAGCUUUCAUUCUUCACACUGAGUGCUUACUUCGACACCGGACACUUUAAAUCUGCCUGUUUCCUGGCUGUGCUGCUGCUCUAUGUGUGUAUCGUGUUCUCCAACCUGCUGCUGAUCCUGGUGAUCUGUGUGAACAGAACCCUUCAUGAGCCCAUGUACCUGUUCCUGCUCAGCCUGUUUGUCAACGAGCUGUACGGCAGCAGCGGCCUGUUCCCGUUCAUCCUGGUUCAGAUCCUGUCGGACUCUCACACCGUGUCUGCUCCGCUCUGCCUCCUGCAGAUCUUCAUCGUGUAUUCUUAUGGAGGGAUUGAGUUUUUCAACUUGGCUGUCAUGUCUUAUGACAGAUAUGUGGCUAUCUGCUUCCCUCUGCAAUAUCAUGAACGCAUGACAUUGAACAAGGUGUUAUUCUUGAUUGCAGGAGUCUGGUUUCCUGCAAUUUUGGUGAAUUGUGUAACACUUUCUCUGAUAGUUUCUCUGCAGCUGUGUGGAAGCGUCAUUAACAAAGUGUACUGUGACAACUUCUCUGUUGUCAAACUGUCAUGCUCUGACACGACAAUCAACAAUAUAUAUGGACUCAUAGCUACUGCUUUCACAGUCUUCUGUCCUCUGAGUGUGAUCAUUUAUACAUAUACAAAGAUCUUCAGAGUGUGUUUUUCGGGCAGUGAGCAGAGCCGACAGAAAGCCGUGGCCACCUGCACGCCCCACCUGGCCUCGCUCCUCAACUUCACCUGGGGCGCCACGUUCGAGAUCGUGCAGAGCAGAUUCAACAUGAACAGCUUACCCAGCGUGAUGCGUAUUUUCCUGUCCUUGUACUUCCUGACCUGUCCUCCCAUCUUCAACCCUGUGAUGUACGGCCUGAAGCUGUCCAAGAUCCGCCUGAGCUGUAAGAGUCUGAUAAUGAAGUCUGAUUCACACUGA